AAACCAAAUACUCCUAGUUCCUUCAGCCUUUUGUCAGUGGGCCGUGUUUCACUUUCCAAAGUGAAAGUAUCUCAUGCCUCUUGAUAAAUCUGUGCUGUGUCCACACCUCUGGUUUCUGUGCCCUGUCCUGGUUUUGUUGAUUUCAGGAUAGGAAGCAAAAGGGUUACGUAUAAACAGUUGUUUUCUGGGGAUGGAAAGAAGUAAGCAGUGAAAUUCCCUUGCGGGAUUUGUUUUGGGACUGGUCCUGUUUCAUAUAUUCGUAAAUGAUCUGGAAAAGGGUGGACAGUGGUGUGGGGGUGGCCAGAUUUGUGUUUAACAAAAUGAUUCAAAGUGAUGAAGACCCACAGGCAGACUGUGAGCACUUGCAGAAGGAUCUGGUACGACUGAGCAAAUAAGCAAUUUAAAUGGAAGAUGAAAUUCAGGUAAGUAGAUAGUGUGAAGUAUACAUAAGCGUAAAGUGAUGCACAUGGGCAAAAACUGCUUACACUCUGAUUUUUCUCCUAGCUGUGACCACACAGGAAACAGAUUUGGAAGUUGUUGUGGACAGUUGGUUUGCUAAAAACAUCAGCUCGGAGGUCUGCAGCCCUCAAAAUGGCAAACAAAAUGUUGGGAAGGAAAUUGUAUACAAAAUGAAAAGUCUCAUUAUGUACCUGUAUAAAUCCAUGAUGUGUCCACACCUUGACCACUGUGCCCAGUUCUGCACCCCACACCUCAAAAAAGAUGUAGAAGAACUGGAGAAGGCCCAGAGAAAGGCAACAAGGCAUGAAGAUCUGGUUUGCUUUAGAGAUAUCAGACCUGGAGCCCCACACCAUUAUCUAGUGGUGCCGGUGGAACACGUAGGAAACUGCAAGACUCUGAAGAGAGAACAUAUACCUCUAGUAAAGAAAAUGAUGGAAGUUGGAAAAACCAUCCUACAGCGAAAUAACUUUACUGACUUGAAUGAUAUAAGAAUGGGUUUCCAUUGGCCUCCAUUCUGCUCAAUCUCCCACUUACACCUUCAUGUCCUGGCCCCAGCCAGUCAGCUGGGCUUCUUGUCCAGGUUAAUUUACAGAAUCAAUUCCUACUGGUUUAUCACAGCUGAACAGCUGAUUGAACGAUUGCAGACUGAAAAUGCUGCGAGUUAAAUUUACCUUUCCUAGACCUAGAUCAUACCAGGAUUUUAAAAAAAAAGGGAAAGAAAAGUUUGUAUUUCUUAUUAAGAACAAACAUGCCUUUCACUUUUAAUUGUCAACCUAAUUCUUACUGUGAAUGAACUCAGGUGGACUGACAAUGAGAUGUAAAAUGUUUGAACAGAAACCUGAGUAAUCUAUGAAAUGCUAGUCCUAGGGAAACAUAGUAUAAUAUUCCAAUUGUAAUGAUAAAAUUGGGUAGACUUUUAGCAACUACUACAAAUAGCAUGUAGGUUAUGCCAUGGUGAAUGCUAGUUUUGUAUUUUAAAAAAGCACUUUGGGAUUUCAGUAGGGUUCACAACUUACAGAUUUCCUUUUGUAUGUACUUGGUUUAUGUGGUGAUGUCCAUUUAUUAGUGAGGACAGUGCUAAGGAGACACUAUCUUCUCUGGUGCUAAUCCAUGUUAAUAUGCAACUGUUUCACUUGCAUGGCAAUGGAACGUAGCAAGCGCUAAAUAUAAUGUGCCCAGAAUGUGAUAACGCAGUAGAAUGUAAAUUACCUAUAUGUAUGAGUGUUAGUAUGUUAGUUAGACUAAGAGGGUUUGUCUGUUGUGUGUAUGAAUACGCCAGAUUAUUUGCUGUGUUUACAAUAAUUUUAAGCGGUUGCGCUAGAAUGAACUAAUACACUGGACUUUUAGAUUGGGUUAGUCUUUGCUUAAUAAAUUGUUUCUUGGAGUUGGACUUCUAAAUUUUUCUGAGCCACAAAGGAAAUGAAUUAUUAGUUUCAUCAUUUGGUGAAAUUCACCCCACACAACUGCCACAAAAUUGCUUAGAAUUUGGCAUAGCUGGGGCUCUGCCAGCCAAAAUUAGAACAUGGCACUUGUGUGGUCAGAGUUGCAUGAGAGCUUUCACAGUGCUUGCCAGCAUUGUGUCCAACUGGUCCGUGAUGGUAGCUCUUCAUUUACUUUAUUUUUUUUUUAAUAAGUACUACAUUAACAAGCUCCUCUGAGAACAGAGUCUUGGCAAUAUUAUCUCCUGAUCCAGCACCUUGUUGCCUUAGUGCUGCAAUGUGUUGUAAUAUUUAUUUAUAUAUGCCUUAAUGGGUCAGGACAAAGAACAGAACACUCUAAGAGCUUAUUCACGUGGAGUCUGGGGCUUAAAAUUUAAAUUGUGUUAGGAAAGCGUUAAUUAAAACCGUCAUACAUUGACUAAUUCUUUGCAAUAGAUGAGGAGGUGUAAGUUGGCUUUCUUACUUGAUAAAAUAUUAGGACACCAACAUUAACACCUUUUAAAGAAGUAUUAAUACCAUGUAUGAAUAUUGUGGUACUGAAUAAAUGUGUGUAACCAUAUGUAACUGUGAUGCAAGUCAGUUUAAAAUAUGAUGAAGAAGCUCAAUAAAAAGAUAAAUAUCAAGAUA